GCCCCUUCCGCCCCGCGCGCGGCGACACUUCCGCCCAUUCAUCGCUGUCGAGGGCGGCCGCUUCCUAGCACCAGAGGCGGCGCGGCCUGCUCGGUGGAGGCCUCCGCACCGCCCGCGCCUCGGGGCCUGCCCGCCUCGGGCCUCUCCUCUCCCUGCGGGGCGGCCGCCGCUCCCUUCCGAGGGCCGCCCGGCCACAGCGCCUGCCUCCCGCCGCCAUGAAGCUCGUCAGGUUUCUAAUGAAGCUGAGCCAUGAGACUGUGACCAUUGAACUGAAGAAUGGGACACAGGUGCAUGGAACUAUCACAGGAGUGGAUGUCAGCAUGAAUACGCAUCUCAAAGCAGUGAAAAUGACGCUGAAGAACAGAGAACCUGUACAGCUGGAGACGCUGAGUAUUCGAGGGAAUAACAUCCGAUACUUCAUUCUGCCAGACAGUUUGCCUCUGGAUACUUUGCUAGUGGAUGUGGAACCAAAAGUGAAAUCCAAGAAAAGAGAAGCAGUUGCUGGAAGAGGCCGUGGCAGAGGCCGUGGCAGAGGCCGAGGUCGUGGAAGAGGAAGAGGGGGCCCAAGACGAUAACUUCUCACCACGCAACUGCUACCAAACUCUGGGCAAUUUCGCAUAUUUUUUUGUACAGGUCUUGUUUAUGGUAUCCAUUUUUAAUAAACUGAAAUCUGAAGAA